UGCACCUUUAUUCUCUGACCCCAUGAUCGUUGUUGAUUGUCGUAUUUCAUCAUCCGUUCCCCAAGAUUUUGUUGAGCUUCGCGAGUAGUGAAUCAUGACGUCGAUCGUUAUACCGGCUGCGAUGCGAUUUAGUCGCUUGACGAUUGAUAAUUUAUAUCAAAUAAAUAAGAGGAAUUUACACAGGUUGUCACAAGUAUCUUCUGCAUUUUCUUGGCAGAAACAAUAUUAUGGCACAAUAACGGAAGAGAAAAAACCUGAUGCUGCUAAUGUACCUCCUAGAGUAGAGCAAGAAGCUACAGAGAAGAUUAAGACAGAACUUGAACUUAUCAAUAAAGAGCUUGCUGAACUUAAAGAAUCUAAAGAUGUUCUUGAAGAUAAAUAUAAGAGAGCAUUGGCUGAAGGAGAAAAUAUUCGAAUUAGACUCACCAAACAGAUUCAUGAUGCCAAACUUUUUGGUAUUCAAGGUUUCUGUAAAGAUCUUUUAGAUGUAGCUGAUAUAUUGGGAAAAGCUACCGAGAGUGUACCAAAAGCUGAACUAACAGAAAAGAACCCACAUUUGAAAAGUUUAUAUGAAGGAUUAAUAAUGACAGAAGCUCAAUUACAUAAAGUUUUCAAGAAGCAUGGUCUAAUUUCGUUAAACCCAAUAAAUGAAAAAUUUGAUCCUAAUGAACACGAAGCAUUAUUUCAACAAGAGGUUGAAGGCAAAGAGCCUGGAACAAUUGUAGUUGUAUCAAAAAUAGGAUACAAAUUGCACGAAAGAAUAGUAAGACCAGCAUUAGUAGGUGUCGCUAAAGGAUAAUUAUUUAACAAAAUAUUCAUUUUCUAUGUUUUACAAAUUAUAAAUAUAAAACCUGAUAAAAUAUUGAUAUUCCACAAACUGUACAAGAAUUAGCAAAGGAAAUAUAAUGUGUUACUAUUACAUAAAGAUUCUUACUAUGUUGUAAUAUGUACAAAAUAUGUAAAAAAUUGUUUUUUAAAAUAUAGUCUUUUUGUCACAUGUAAUUUGAUUUCAUCAGAGGAAUAAAUAAUAUACAA